UAUGGUAACCACAACACGGAUACCAGCUGGAGACAAAUCUGUGAUUAGCUUUGCUAACUUCAGCUGUUAAAACUUUAUACGUGGUAUCAUAUUGUAUCGUCGUUUUAAAGAACGAAAAGACUAACCGCUUCAAGACGCUUGCAAAGACUCAAGAAGAAAUCAACAAUGAAUCCAUCUGAGGAACUGCAGGAUAGCAGGCCUCCCAGCAGACAAGAAGUUGAAGUGGAAGAACAAGAGGAAGGCAAAGAAAUAGAGGAGGACAUCCCCCUUGUGGUCUUUGCGCCUGAUGCCUCUCUCCCAGAAGAGCAGCCCCCUGCCAGUGUUGAUGUCUCUGCUAAUCCUGCUUUCCAGUGGCUGGAUGAGUUGUUGUCGCUGGGCAAGAUCAGCCAGACCAAAGAAAUCAAACUCAAAGCCAGCUACAAGCUGCUCCACGAUACCUUGAAGAGUACUCAGGACUGUGAGAUCCAGCUUUUGGGAGAAGCAAAGCGAUGUCGUGCUGAGCUGGAGAGGCUUCGGGCCAAGGUGGAGAGUACAGAGGAGCAGAGCACCUCGGAGGAGCCUCAAAGUGAGGUCAACGAACUGAGGCAACAGCUCCUCCAGGCAUACAAUGAACUGAAAGGUGCUGAGGAGAGAGAGUACAAGACACAACAUGAACUGAAGUGUCUCUGGGAGGAGAAGCAGUAUCUGGAGAAAGAGAAUGAGAUUCAGACAAAACCUGCUGGGCUGGAGAGCAAUAUAAAGGCCGUGCAGGACAAAUAUGAGGAUCUGAAGAAAGAGGUGACCCAGAGACAAACGGAAAUCAGAAGCUUGAUUGAAGAUGUGGAAACCCAUGAAAUGCAGAUAUUGAAAGAACAGAAACAGCUGGAAGACAAGAAGGGGAUGAUAGAGCUUAAAGAGGCUGAGAAAGCGCGGCUCAUCAGUAUACCUGACCAGAUUUUAAAGGAGACCGAACGGAAACGCUCGAAAAGGGAAGCUGCAGUGAAGAAGAUACAAGCACUAAAUAUGGAGAUUUCAGAAGUGGAGCGGCAAGUGAAGAAGGUGGAUGAGCGUAACCAUUCCAUCAGGAGGAAGAGGGAGGAGGUGAUGCAGGAGCAGGAGGGUCUCAGGGUCCAAGUAGAGGCCAGUCAGAGGGACAACAGACAGCUGCUGAAAGAGCAGGAAAUCAGCAGGGAGGAGAUGGCGGAAUUCAUGGGCAACAGAGGCAUCCUGGAAAUGAAGCUGAAGAGCAUCAUGUCUGACAGAAAGCACCUGUUUGAGAGCCAAUCUGUGCAGCUCAGGGAGAAAAACAGGCAGAUGCAAGUCCUCAAGAGGAUGGAGCAUGCACUGACCAUGGCCACAGAACAGCUCGAACUCACACAAUCUGUCUACAACAGGUUGCUGGUGCAGUUAGACGCUGUGCCCAAAAGAGAGGCUAGCAUUCAGCAAAGGAUGGAGCUUCAGAAGGAGGUGGAUGCUCUCAAAGUCAGCUUUCAAAAACAGCUAUCAGCGGUUGAGGAGGAGAGCCAGAAGAAGCAGCAGUAUGGGGUGAUUCAGGAGCUGCUGAGGGAGUCAAACCGCCUCAGAGAAGAGCUCCAUAACCUCAGAUGUCUCACACAGAUCAAAGCAGAGGAGAGGGGCCAGAAGCACCGUGAACUGCUCAGGGCUGAGCAAUUGAACCAGCACAUCCGGCGGGAGCUUCGUGAAAAAGACCUGAUCAUCGCGGACCACAACAAGCUGAACGCUACACUACAGCGCAGAAUAUCUCAGUAUUCUAAACUGUGUGACAUGAUCAUGGAAGAGAAGAAUAAGUAUGUCAAGUUGAAGCAGAUCGCCGCACAGACAAUCACAGAGUUAACAGAGCAGAUAAAGCUCCUGGAAAAUGAGAAGGAAAUCCAACGCACCAUCGUCAUCAACAAGGAGAGAUCACUUGCAAAAGCCUCUAUGAAGAUCUCUAAUAGCACCACAAUGAGGGACAAACUACACAAUGACAUCUCCAAGGUUGCCUGGAAGCAACGCCAGAUCAGUCAGGAGUUUGAUGACAACAAACUUGAACUGAUGAGACUCGCACAAAUGAUCAACAUCCAGGAGGAGACGCUUCUGGAAACAAACAAGAAUCACGAAACUGCCAUACAGCGACGCAACAUUCUAGGAAUUCAGCUCCUGGAACAUGAGGAGGUUUUGUUCAACUACCAUGAGAAGAUAAACAUCCAGGAGGCAGCCAUCACAAAGACCAAUACGGCUCUGGAGACUCUGGAGAAGGACAUGAAAGACUUGGAGUUAGCGAUCAAAGAAGAGAAGAGGCAGAUAGACCUGAAGAAGAAGGAGGUGCUCCUCAAGAGAAAACUGGAGGGAGAGAUCGCCGAGCUGCAGAUAGAGCUGUCAGAAGCCAGAGACAAAACCCUCGAAGGUCUGAAUCGAACAGUCGAUUACAAAGAGCUAAAAGGCAGCAACCCAUCGACUGUAGAACUGGUCAAAAAAAUCGAGCAGCUCGAGGUGAAUUUAGCCGAGCGCGAGAGGCAGCUGCUGGAAAAGGAGCUCCUCGUGGACCAGGUGACCCGACUCUCGAAGCCACUCGGCGAGCAGGCUGAGAACUGCCGACAGGACAGACUCGCACUGGCAAAGAAGCUGAAUGAGCUCCGAACCAACAUAAUCAACACCAACCACCGUAUGAUGGCCGUUUCCGCAGAGCUCUCCGUGAAGCAGGCGGUUGCUGUGUCUCAGCAGCAGCAGAUCAAAGAGAAAGAGCUCCAGAUGGACAGAUGCCAGCGGCGGCUGGAGCAGGGCCUGCCACCGGACCCCGAGAUAGAGGAGGAGUGGAGGAGGAUGCUCCGGGACAAGAAGAGGAGACAGAGGGACAAAGAGGCGAGAGCCAAGCUUGCUGAAGAGGAGGAGUGGAGGGAGCUGCCCAGUGGACAAUACACCACGGCCGAAGCUCGCCCAAACGCCUACAUCCCCCAGAAUGACCCGCUCCCGGUGCCCAAACCCUACGGCGCCCAGGCUCCUUUUAAACCCUCCCAACCAGGCGCCAACAUGAGACACAUCCGCAAACCGACUGUGAAACCCUUAGAGAUAUAGAAAACAGCUAAGUGCUCUUUCUUUCCAUCAUAAUCCACUCAGUCUUCAUCACUGUCCUUCAAAAACAUUUAAUCGUAUCUCAAGGAGUCAACAGAUCUUAAAAAAAAUCAAUGGCCACUUUAAUUAUUAAAAAUGUUUUUUGGUGCAAUUUCUCUGAAUCGGCUCAUUCUCCUCUAGUGUGUGUUUGUGUCCACUAUCCAGCAUACCACUGCUGCUUUGUCAUGUGAGCGUGCAUUUGUGAACUGCAUCUGGUUUUAAUUUUCUUUUUUUUUUAAAUUUACUGGGAAUAGCUUGUUUACAGUCAGUCCGCAGUAACACUAAAUACUGCAGAAAAGUGGAAGGGGAAUCACUGGAAACAUGGGAAAUGAAAUUUGUGUUGUUCCAUAAUAUUCCCCACUUAAGUUCUGUAUUGUAGCAAUACAUCACGGCUGUUUUUACCACCUUGCUCUCCGAGAUAAAUUCAUUUCUCAGGGACGCCGGAGUAAUUCUACAUAUUCUCCUUGAGUCUUGUUGCUGUUUCAUCCCUCACGCUUGUAAUCUUUGAAUAAACUGCAAUGGGUUUAAGCUCUGUGCAAGGCUAGGAGUGCCUCCUUAAUGCCCGAGAUGAUAAAUGUAAAUACAGAGAGGAAGCUCAAACACUGAAAGAGCAUAGAGAAUGACAAAGAGAGAGGAGAAUUUAAAUGAAGUGGAAUGAGCGAUGGCAGUCGGAAAAAAGGCAGCAGAGGAGAGUCAAAGGCAGAAAUACAUUAAAGUGGAGCUCUAAUUUGGGUGGAGAGUUCAGCGUUGGUUACUAGCGAACAUUUUCCCUCCAAAAAGUCCUUAAAAGUUACUGGAAGUCUCUGUCUUCUGAUCUUCGAUUGAGGUAGAAAUAAUUUUGGCACAGCAUGUGGUGUUUUAUUGAAUUCUAUCCAUUCUUUUUAACGUGGAGGAAGAAGCGUUUGCUCUUGCAACACACAGCAUCACUACAACAGAGUGGAUGCCAAGAAACAAUCAAAUAUUCAUUAUAAUGGAAAUGUUAAAGGUUAAAUAGUCUUUAGCAGAUCACACCUCUGCAACUUGUCGAGUUCAUGAAGUUUUUGACGCUGCUUGUAGAAUGUCCAACUCUUCCUGAAAGACUCGGUGAAGUUGAUGGACAUUUUGGUGGACUGAGUCACACCGCUGGACAUUCAGAGGGUCACUCAGAUGUUCGAUGAGUGACGUGUCUAGAAGUAUGCAGGCCAUAGUAGCCCUUCUAUAGCAUUUGUAGUUGUUAUAGAAGGGCAGUGCAUAUUAUUGUCUUGUUGAAAUAUCAAGUCAUGGCUGUGAAUCAACACGAUAACUGAGUGUGACGAUUUCAUUUUGGUAUCAGUGGGCAGUGAGGUUGCCACUGAUGGAAUGCAGACAUGCUCUUUGUUCAUGCCAUGUUCCUUCCUUAAACGUUCAUUGUUUUAUGAUUUGUCUGUUCCUGAUCUUCUAUCCUGCUGUCCUCCACCCCUCUCAUCCCCACUCUUACCCCAACUGUUUCAGGGCAGUUGGCUGCUUUACCUGAGCCUGGUUCUGUCAGAGGUGUUUCCUCCUCCCCAUUGACCCUUUAAAGGGCAUUCAUUGAAACUCUAAGUUUGAAAUUCAAAAUUUCAAACUUAGAGUGUUAUUUGAGAACAUUUAAUUUUUUUUAAAGUUUCAUGCUGAAAUUCAAGGUUAAAGAAGUUACCAUAGAUGGUUCCUUGCCUAUGGUUUAAAAAAAAAACCAACAUUACAAGAAAUGUAUAUGGCAUCACUUACCACAACUACUCAGCUGUAAAAUGUGUGAGUUUCAUCAACUAACCAUGAUUAGUUUUGAUCGCAAAUAUUGAAGAUGACCGAGCCAUAAGUCCGUCUUUUUCCAACUUCGGAGAAAAGAGCAAGUUUGAUAUGUUCCAGGCUUCUGCUGAUUGGCCAAACGCCACCAUGUACUGUGCUGUAAUGUUGAGUGAUCUUCGCUGAUUGGCUGGGUGGAAACCACAUGGUUGUUGACCUCACAGAGACACAGCCACAGAGUAGUUACCAAAUAUGAUCACUUGCCUGAUGAAGGGUUAAAGGGGCGACUGCUCAUAAAGGAACUUUGGGUUGUUGGGUUCUGUGUUUAAAAUUUCCAAGGUUUUCACCGUACUAUGUUGAAUGCUAUGAGAUGGUAUAUGUUGUGAAUUGGUGCUAUGUAAAUAAAAUCAAACUGAAUUGAA